AUGGAAAACGGCACUCAUACAUUAGAUACUACAGACACUUCCGAAAUAUCGAAAAGCAAAAAUAUCGAGAAUGAAGAAAAAUCACCACCACAAAAACUCCUUCACGAUGAAGUAAUCGAUGCUUUAAUUAAAGAAGCCGAAAAAAGGGGAUUAAGUGAUUGUCAACUUGAUAUUACAUCCGGAAGUACGAAAGGUGAUAAUUUUAUGGGUAUAUUAGCAAUAGUAAAGGUAACAGGAAAAAAUAUUAAUGGGGAAAAAGUUCAAUUAAAUUGGAUUGCAAAAGCAGCCCCACAAACCGAUUUGUACCGUUCAAUGUUAAAAAUAGACAUUGCAUAUGCAACAGAAGUUUACAUGUACAAACUUUUCGAUCAACUCGACGAAUUUCAAGCAGAAAAGAAACUUUUACAGCCAUUUAACGCCCAUCCGAAAUUCGUACUUUCCUAUCUCGAACCGUACAAAGAGAGUUUUGUUAUGGAAGAUUUGAAAGCGGAAGGAUAUGUUUUAAGAGAUCGUAAGCAACCGCUCGAUAUCAAUCACGUUAAACAUGUUAUGAGAGAAUAUGGAAAAUUUCAUGCGAUCUCGUUUGCUUUAAGGGAUCAAAAACCAGAACUUUUUGCUAAAUUGGCUAAAGAAUGCGAAGAAAAAAUUUUUGUAACCGAUGAUGAAGAACAUAUCCAAAAUAUGAUUAAAUACCAAGAUAAUUUUAUUAACAAACUAUUGGCUCUUUUAAACGAAGAAAGUGAUGCUGAAGUCAUUAAGUCUCUUAAAUAUUAUUGUAAAGAUCCUGUUCAUUUUAAUAUGAAUACUAUUACGGAAACGAACGAGUAUAGCGUUAUUGGACAUGGUGAUUGUUGGACUAAUAAUUUUAUAUGGAAAUAUGGGGAUGCCAAAAAUCCAGAAAUUCCUACUAAAGUAUGCAUAUUAGAUUGGCAAUUAUCUCGUUACGGAUCAGUAGCAUUAGAUCUUUCGUACUUCUUUUAUGCAUGCACAACUCAAGAGUUCAGAGAGAAACACUACGACAAAAUGAUUCAGCUUUAUUAUUACUCGUUAUGUUCGCAUUUGGUGGAAAUGGGGAGCGAUCCAGAAAGAAUGUUUCCGUUUUCCGCUUUGAUUAACGAACUGAAGCAUCAUUGCACAUUUGGCUUUUACAUGGGCACGAUGGUACUACAUAUCAUGAUUAGCGAUAACACCGAAAUGCCAGAAUUUUCUAAAACCGAUAAUGUUGAUCAAUUUAUGGAAUCUUUCGAUUAUAAAAGCGUCAAUGAACAUCUCUUUAAUGAACGAGCCAGAGGAGUUAUUUUGCAUAUGCAUCAAAAAGGAUAUUUUGAUUACUUGAAAGAUAAAUAG